AUGGGUCGAUGGCAUGCAGCAGGGGAAGCGGAGGGACGAGACCGAGGAGCCGCAGCCGGGUGGCCCGGCUGUCGGCGCCGCCGCACAGGUCUUGGCCGUUUUGUUCUCGAUCGGGAGGCAGUAGAAAGUCGCCUGGUUUUUAUGUUGACUAGCUUAUUCAUGUUGCGUAGUUUGUACGAAAGUUACAAGGUUGUGUAA